UAUUUUUUAUGGUUAGCGUAUUUUAGCGAGUUAGCUUUCUACGGCAUGAGGUCGCUAAUUCCAUACCCUACCCUCCUCCUUUAUCUAGGCCUGAAACCGGUAUAACCCCAGACGGGCUCCAGGCGCACACAACAAUAAAUGCAAGAGAAGACGACUAGUGUAGCAGCAGUAGGUCUCAACAUGCACAAAGGGAAAAGCAAGAUUCUGCGAUACAACACAGCAUGCACCAAUCAAAUCACACUUGACGAAGAAGCUUACGAGGACGUAAAAACAUUUACAUACCUGGGCAGCAUCAUUAAUGAAAACGGUGGAUCUGAUGCAGAUGUGAAGGCGUGGAUCGGAAAAGCAAGAGCAGCAUAUCUACAAUUGAAGAACAUCUGGAGCUCAACACAAGUGUCAACCAACACCACGAUCAGAAUUUUCAAUACAAAUAUCAAGACGGUUCUACUGUAUGGGGCUGAAAUUUGAAGAACUACCAAAGCCAUCAUCCAGAAGAUACGGG